AUGGCUCCCAUAAUAAAUUGCCUUAUGGAUAAGCUGGUGGACCUUUGCGUCACACUUACAUUGCAUACCUCGUUGGAGGAAGAUAACAAAGCAAAACGUGAUGACGUUAAGAGCAUGAUCAAAACUAAAUUUAGUAAUCAAUUAGCAGACUUCCUUGAUCCUCAAAAUAUAUCUAAUAUUUUAUUUAUUGCUGAAGGAAAAGAUAACCACCUUCCCUUUAUCACUGUGGAUAUUAAUCAAUUAUCACCAAAGGAAAACGGGGACUUCUUAAUUGAACGCACAAUACUGAUCUUAAAAAGUAAUGAAAUGUUAGAUGAAGACUCAGAAUUGGAUUCACAACUUAGUAUUUUUUAUUUCCCCAAAAACAUCGACAGCCAAGCUUUAAGUCGAAUGAUUAAUAAUGGUAUUGCAGCUAUGCUUGAUUUACUAUUAAAAUAUGAGCCUGAGCUGUACUCAGGUGACGCAAUAGUGAAUACAAAGAGUAAAAUUCACGAGAAAUCCACUUCUGUUUGUAAUUUAGGAACCAUAGAAGAAACACCGAGGCUUCUUAAAGAUAUUAAUCCAAGGAUUAGAAAACUGGUUGUUGAUGGAGCCACACCAGAAAACUUUCAUGAUUAUAUAACCGAUACAGAGUUAAACGACCCCAGCUUUCUAAACUCCUUACAAAGUGAGGUAAACAAAUGGCAUCAAUUGACAAACAAGACAAUUAAUAUACCUAUCGAUUUAAAAGAUUAUUCAAUCUCAGAACAAAUUGAAUUUCUACGAAGAAUAGAAAAUACUUUAAAAAAUAUAUCAACCGAACUGGAAAGUUUUGACGUAAGAUUGAUUUUGGCAUUAUUGUUUGAAACCAAUCGAAUAAGAGACACUGAUAGUUUCUUCCCAGUCAUUGAGUUGAAACAACGGAUACGAACGGUUCAAGAUGAUUUACAAUUCCUCAAUAGCAUUCCACUGAAUGAUUUAUAUUCUUGCACUUUGCCUAAUCAGCUUCUGGAAUUGUUACCACGCAUAGAAGUGGCAUUAAAAAGAAUUAAAACUAAACCUUAUCCAAUUAAACAAUUCUUAACAUUACUUCAAAAAGUUACCGUUGACAUUAUCAAGAAAAUGAAAUCUUUCUCACACAACAUUUUUAGUUCACCAUACUCUGACUUUUUGAGUUUAAUUGAAACUGAUAACUCCAUUUUAAGUAAAUGGGAAGAAUCCAUUUAUGAUUGUCUUUUAUUGUUAAGAGAGCUGAGCAGAAAAUCGUCAAUUAAUAUUGCAAUCCCUUCCCCCACUUCUUUUACAAUUGAGCCAAAGGAGCUUCUAUCGCACAUUCGCUCAUUUAGAGAAGAGCAAAAUAAAUUUGCAAUGAGCUUGAAGAAAAUAAAUUAUUCAAACUACAAGGAGGAUUUGGAGCAUAUCUAUGACCCUAUACGGUCCUUAGAUAUAACUUCACCAAAAUUUACCUUCGACUGGAAUAAAAGUCAGGAAGAUUAUAGAAAAAGAUUAACCAAAACUGAAAUGAAGGUGUGCUCUUUUCUUGAAGCUUCACUUCAAAAUUCGAAGUCCUCUGAUGAUAUGCUUAAGACAUUAUUAAAGUAUAAGCCAUUAAUUAACUUGAGUUCAUUAGUUAGAACUAAAGUAGUUAAAUACCAACAAUUAGUAUUAAACUCAGUAAAGGAGGAAAUUGAACAUUUAGAGACAAGACUCCAGAAAACUAAAACGGUAAUUGACGUACAAGAUAAUACAAUAUUGAGAGACAUACCACCAAUUGCGGGCAUUAUUGGUGAAUAUAUGCAAUUCAAAAUCCGAAUAGAUAAGUCAAGACAGGACCUUCAAAGAAUUCUAGGUUCUGAAUGGCAAGAAACGCCAGAUGGGUCUGCUUUGGAUCAUAGGUACAGUUUGCUUGAACAAAACCUCAACUUUAAGGAUGUAUUAGGAGUAUGGAUUAAAUCAUUUCCACUGAACAUUGAUACAGAAUUGAAUAUUCCCAUUAUUAAGUUAUUGGAUAAAAAAAACCAUGAUUCCACAAUAUAUGAACUACAUACUAAUUUUGAGUUCUCUAUGGGGUCAACCUUUAAAGAAGUUAGACGUCUUCGUUUUAUGGGCUUUGAUCUCCCGAGCAAUGUCCUCCAAGUGUCUAAAAAUUAUAAGAAAAUAUAUCCACACGCACUUCUGCUUCAUGAACAGCUCCAAACAUUUCUCUCUCUAAUAUCCGAGCUUACCAAUAGAAAAUAUACCAGCCUGUUGUACAAGAACGAAAUUGAAAUCAUUUGGUCCCUUCUAGUAAUCGCCUUAAAAACAACUUGGUCGUCUUUAUUAGAUAAAGACAUCCUCGAAGAUCGUAUAGGUACCACCACCAUUAUAUUAAGACUUGAAUCUAGUAUCUCAGACCUAAUUAAGCGAUUCGACAGUUUAAGCAUUUUCGAGAUAAAACUUGAGACGAUAUUUCGCGGUAUAAAAGAUUCCUGUUAUACAGAAGAAAGGUUUUCGAAAUUUACACACGACGUUAAAGGGAUACUAAAUGAUUUAUUUACAUGUAACAUUGAAAGUGUUCCUGAAUAUUGGAAUUAUAUCCAAACACUAAUUGAUAAUGUACUAUACGGAAACCUCAAAAAAGCUCUUAACAUAUCUUUGUUUUCCCAACAAAAAUUGGUUCUUAAUUUUAGAAAUCAAAAUAUUGAUAUAACACCAUCCUUGAAAAACGUCAAGACAAUUUGGAUACGAGAACUGGAUUGUCUCCUUUUACGUGCAUCUAGUAUUCCCCAGUUGUUGAAUACACCUGAUUCAUCAGAGCAGGAAAACAGAUUUUUGAGCAUCUAUAAACAUUUAAAAAAUGAUAUUCGAAACAUUUUAGAUAAUAUCGAACUGAUAUUUCAACAAAGUAAUCUGUACGUCGAUAAAUGGGUUUCACAUUUGAAUUUGUGGCAAGUAAGUGAGUCAGCGAUAAGGGCUAAUAUUGCCGACAGUUUGGGCACUUGUUAUUUAUUCCUUUCUGGCCUUUUACUCUCUAGAGCAAAAUUUGAACGGUUACAAGAUGAAAAUUGCAUAUCCCCCAUACUCGAAAUGGAAAUCCAAAACGCUUACAUUUAUAUUUCUGCAAAAUAUGAUUGCUGGCAGGACCUAUUGUCUAAUGAAUUACUUACUCUUUACUUGAAAGAAACUGCUCCAUUUUUGAAGCACAUUAAUGGCAGUGUCAAGAAAAUCGAAUCUCUGAGAUUGAAUGUGAAUUCCUUAGACGCAAUCUAUGAUCUCGCCACUGCGUCAAAUGUCAUCAAUGAGAAUGCCUCAGAAAGAAUUGAUCAAGUAAGCAUAUUUGCCAACACUCAUAAACUCCUUCUAAGAGUUCGAGCUGACCUUCCUGCAAAUUAUAUACCCAUUGAACAAAUAGAGAAUUACCUCGAUAUGCUAACUGAAAAUACACACAAACUACAAAAUUAUCUUCAGGAAAAAAGAGAUGAUACCUUACACACCUUAGAAAUUGAAAUUGAUCACAUCAAUGAUCUUUCAAAUGCCCUGUUGCAUGACUGGCUCCAAAAGAAACCCGUUUCCGAGGAGAUUACUCCAGAUAUGGCUUUAGCAACCAUAGAAGUGUUUCUGGAAUCCUUUGAAAACGUAGCAUCUAGGAGAAGGCAGUUGAUAACCAUCAAAAAAUUACUUCUUCUGCCAUUAAUGGAUCCCAAGGAAUGCACCGACUGUAUCGCAGAUAUUCAUCAAUACAAAAAUAUGUGGGUUUCUAUCAAGGAGUUAUGGGAAAAACUCGAGAAAUUGUUAGCCAGAACAUGGAAUUCAAUAAGUUUACCCGAUCUCUCUCUUGAAAUAUCCUAUCUUUCCAAACUUACCGAAACUAUUAACCCAACAAUAGCCAAAUUUGAACUUUUUCAAUCCAUAAAGACCAAGGUGGAAAUUAUCAACACUUGGAGAACUCUGUUAAGUGAUUUGAAAAAUCCUGCUUUGAAGCCAAGGCACUGGGGGCAAUAUUUUAACGAAUUAUCUGGGAACAUAAUAAGCGAGGCAAAUCUAGAGUCGUUUUCAUUCACAUUAAAUGAUAUUGUGUCCGUUAAUAUCAACGAAUAUGAGCCAAAAAUCAGAACAGUAAUACGAAAUGCUCAGAAUGAAUUUGUUGUUGAGGGCUCCUUGAAUCGGAUAAAAUCAUACUGGAAAAAUGCUAAGUAUACAUUCUCUGAACAUUCUUCUUCAGUACGGCUUGUUCAGGAGUGGGAUAGUAUCCAAGAAUCCUGCAGAAAUAAUCUAGAUGAACUGGCAGCAAUGAGAAACUCUCAGUAUUUUCAACUAUUUCAACAGCUUUGUUUAGAGUUGGAAUCUAAAUUAACACAAUUUUCUGAAUUGCAAUCAUUGUGGAUCGAAUGUCAAUUUUAUUGGUUGGAUCUAUAUGGUAUAAUUGGCAAUAACAAAGAAAUGCAGACUCUAUUGCCACUAGAAACGUCCAAGUUUAACUCGGUAACUACUGACUUUAAGAAUUUUACCACGAGGGCAUUUAAUUUGAAGGCAAGUGUUGACAUAUUGCAUAUUCCAGGGAUUAUGGAAACGCUCAAACUUGUACUUGCAUCCCUGAAUUUAAUAAGAAGCUCCUUGAACGAUUUUUUGGAGAAACAGAGAACAUAUUUUCCUCGUUUCUACUUUUUAGGUAAUGAGGAGCUAUUAAAGAUAAUUGGCUGUAGAGGAGAUGUUUCAAGUAUCUCAAAAUACAUGCCUAAAUUAUACGGUAGUAUCUCAUCGUUAGUAGUAGCUGGCAAUGUUGUAAAGGGAGUAGUGUCUCCUGAAGAUGAAACACUACCAUUAAACAAUCCCAUUAACCUAUUGGCGUUCAAUAACUAUUAUGAAUGGUUAAAUCAACUAGAUAUGGAAAUCAAACUAUCAAUAGCUUCUCAGAUCUCUACAUGCUUAGAGAAAUCUUCUAACCUUUUAACAGGUUUGCAGGUGUAUAAAUUAAUUCAAACUCAUAUCUUUCAGGCUGUUCUAGUGACAAUUCAGGUUAAAUGGACCAAUUAUAUUGAACAAAAUAUUGAAGCUUCCAAUCUAUCAGAAUCAAGACAACAACUUGAAGACGUUCUCAGUUAUCUUACCAGGAAACUUGAAGAAGAAGAAAACCCCACGAAGAAAAUGGCGUUACGCUCCGCCAUAAUUGAGCAUAUUCAUUUCGGUCAAAUAAUGGAAGAGGUGAUAGCUUCCAACUCUGUUUCUAAUCGCAGAGCAUGCUUUUCAAGGCAGCAGAGAUAUUAUUACGAGACAAGUGUAGAAGAUCCACUUUUAAAACUGAUAAUAAAGCAUGAUUCUCAUACGAAUAACUACGGAUUCGAGUAUCUUGGUGUCCCGGAGAGACUAAUUUAUACACCUAUUCUAAAAAAUGGUUUCUUGUCUCUAAACCUAUCUCUACAUCAAGGUUUCGGUGGAUGCUUUUUUGGGCCAGCUGGAACAGGAAAAACCGAGACAGUGAAGGCGUUAGGUCAAAAUCUAGGACGAGCAGUUACCGUUUUUAAUUGUGAUGAUUCCUUUGAUCAUCAGAGUAUAUCAAGAUUACUAGUAGGUAUUUCUCAAAUUGGAGGGUGGGGCUGCUUUGAUGAAUUUAAUAGACUUGAAGAGGACGUUUUAAGUUCUGUUUCUAGCCUUAUUGAAGUUGUUCAAAAUGCCAUAUUUAACAAGGCAACUAUGGUAAGCAUGAUGGGGAACGAUAUCCCGUUCAAUUCACAUACAGCCUUAUUUGUAACUUUAAAUCCAAAUUAUGCAGGAAGGUCAGCUUUGCCACAAAAUUUAAAAAAAAUGUUUCGUGAAUUCUCAAUCCAAAAGCCGGAUACGUUAAUUAUUAUUCAAGUCAUUUUAAGUACUAUGGGAUUUACCGAUGCAAAUAUACUGGGAACAAAAAUUUCUGAGUUUUUGAAUACCUUAAGCGAAGAAUGCAGCAACCAAAGGCAUUAUGACUUUGGGUUGAGAUCGAUAAAGAAAAUGUUCAGGACAUACUCGGCUCUUAUAAACGAAACCUCUACUGUACCAGAUAGGGAGAGUAUUUUAUUGGAAAGUAUAAUACGCGUAAUAAAACCGUCAUUAAACCGAGACGACCAACAUAUUUUUAUCAGAACUUUAGAAAAGAUAUUCAAUAUCUCGGGGCAAGAGGCUCAAGAUCUACAAUUUGAAACAGUAUUGCGUGACACCUGUGUUGAAAAAGGUUUUAGUCAGUCGUUAGAUUUUACAACUAAAUGUAAACAACUUUAUGAUACCCAAAAAACUGAACUUGGUAUUAUAUUAGUUGGAUCAGCAGGAAUUGGGAAAACAACUGUUUUAGACACUGUAUUAUGCUCCAUGUUCAAAGUUGACGGUAUCAAAAAUGUUGUUUAUACAAUUGAUACUAAAACUUUAUCGAAAGAAGAAUUAUAUGGUCAUAUGAAUAAAGCAACAUUAGAAUGGAAGGAUGGUGUUUUUAGUUCUAUUCUCCGAAGAAUAAUCGAUGACCCAACUAAUGCUUUAUCAGAAUCAAGAAUAUGGAUUAUCUUCGAUAGUGAUAUUGAUCCGGACUAUACCGAAUCACUCAAUAGUGUCUUAGAUGAUAACAAAAUAUUCACAUUACCAAAUGGGGAAAGAAUGAAUGUCCCAAAUAAUGUCCAUCUAGUAUUUGAGACAUCUGAUCUUACGUACACUACACCUGCGACUCUGACCAGAUGUGCAAUUAUAUGGUUUGCUCACAAACUAUUUACCUCAUUUGAAUUAUUUGAAGGAAAGCUUGAAAUGGGAAUCCAGUAUUUGAUGGAACGAGCUGAAGGGGACUCAAAAUUGCUAAAUGAUAUGAUUCGUAUUAUAAAGUCAAUAUUAAGCGAGGAAAAGCUUUUGACGCUGAUCGAAGAAGCUGAAUCAUAUUCUUUUAUUCUUGGGUUAACUAUUUCAAGCAACAUCAUAGCCACUGCCAAUUUAUUGAUCCAAUUUCUUGAUACCUCAUUAGACUCCAUUUCUACCAUUUCUGAUAUCCCGCCACAACGGCUGGAAUCAUAUAUUUCCUUGAAGAUUCAACAGAUACUUAUAAUGACAUUUGUUGGUGGUUGUGAUUACAAUUCCAAAUUACGCUUCUCGAAGCGCUUGCAAAAUGUGCUAGACACACAUUACGAAGAACUUCCGAUGAACUUAAUAGUAUCUGCCAAUUCGAAGCCUGUAUCUAUUAAAUCAAUUACUCCGGAAUCACAUCUUGAAAUGCAUGAAAUAUUGAAAUCCGAUGUUAUUAUUCCAACGAUAGAGACGGUAUACUAUGAAAACUCGAUAUUUGAACUGUUGGGUUCCAAAGCUCCCAUAAUAAUGUGCGGACCACCAGGAUCAGGUAAAACUAUGCUAUUGAAUAAUGUUCUAAAAAGAUCCAAGAAGUACCGUAUCGUCGGAAUAAACUUCUCCAAAGAUACGACAAUUGAGAAUAUUUUGCAUACACUUCAAAGACAUACCACUUGUCUGCCUAGCGCCAGAGGCUUAAAAUUAAGACCAAAAUCAAAUGAAGAGGAUAUAGUUUUAUUUUGCGAUGAAAUCAAUUUACCAAAAUUGGAUAAAUAUGCCUCACAGAAAGUAAUUCUCUUUCUUAGACAACUCACCGAAAGAAACGGCUUUUGGAACCCUUUGCAAAACAAAUGGGUAACACUUGAGAGGAUACAGUUCGUUGGUGCCUGCAAUCCCUCCACCGACCCUGGUAGAGUUGAAUUGACCCCUCGUUUUCAACGACAUAUGGUUGUUUUAUUUAUUGAUUAUCCUGAAUCAGAGUCUUUAAAGACUAUCUAUGGCGCCUAUUAUAAAACAAUAUUUAAGUUAGUUCCAAAACUGAAAAAUCUUUGCAACAAUUAUCUAGAGGCAUCAGUGUCUCUAUAUAACCUAUGCAAAAAACAGUUUAAUGAUUCAAUGCCACACUGUAUCUUCUCACCAAGAGAGCUUACAAGGUUGAUAAGAGGAUUUUAUUUGGGCAUUAGUAGAGGGCCGUAUCAGACUUCCAUCUCUUUGUUAAGGAUGUGGAUCUACGAAACUUGGAGAAUAUUUGCCGACAGACUGACAACUCCAUAUGAGAAAAGUUCUUAUUUGAAUAUUCUUCGAGAUGUACUUCAGCUGUAUUUUCCAGAUCACCCACUAGAUGCCAUUAACUCUCAAGACCUUCUUUUUUCUGAUUGGUUAGAUUUGGAAUAUAAAGAAAGAUCUAGACCACAGCUUUCUGAAUUUGUAGUGCAAAGAUUAAACGUAUUUUGUGAGGAAGAAGUUGAAGCAUCUCUUGUAAUUCACGAUAAUGUGCUCGAUUACCUCCUUAGGAUUGAUCGUGUAUUAAAACAAUUUCAAGGCCAUGCCAUUUUAAUUGGUCCAAACUGUACUGGGAAGAAAACUUUAACGAAAUUUGUGAGUUGGCUUAAUGGGAUGAAAACUGUCGAACCUAUUAUCCAUAAUAAAUUCACCUUAGAGGACUUUGAUAAUUUUCUCAGAGAUAUUUUGAAGAGUUGUACUAUAGAGGAACAGAAGAUCUGUCUUAUUAUUGACGAAUCAAGUAUCUUAGAAGCCUCUUUCCUGGAAAGGAUGAAUACCUUACUUGCUAAUGCCGACGUUCCAGAUCUAUAUAUAGGUGAGGAAUAUGAGCAAUUACUUAUUGCAAUUGGGGAGAAAACCAGACGUAUGGGAUUGCUUAUUGACACAGAACAAGAAAAAUAUGAUUGGUUUAUACAGGAGAUCGCCAAGAACCUUCACGUUGUCUUUACACUAACAGAUAAUGAAAGCUCUAAAUCAUUAAACCUGAAAUCGUCACCAGCGCUUUUUAACCGUUGUGUAGUCAGUUGGAUGGGCAAUUGGUCAAAUGAGACACUAAGUUACGUAGCUAAUGAACUUUUAGUUGAGAUACCUUUUGAGUUUACACCCCACGUUUUACCUGAAAUUCUUAAAAAGUCUAUACUGCCCUAUGAAUUCAAAAACUUCAAAGAUACCGUUAUAAACACGCUUCUUCUAUUUGACAGAUAUUACUUCCAGGUAAAUACUUUAUUUGAAGUUAGUCCAAGCUAUUUUAUCUCAGCAUGUAAGACUAUGGUCACUAUUUUUGAAAUAGAGUAUGCUAGAUUAGAAAACAGUAAACAUUUCAAAACGAUUGGAGUAGAUAAGCUAAAGGAAUCUGUUCUUAAUGUGACUGCCCUUCGGAAAAUCCUUUCAGUCAAAAAGGAGGAACUUGUCGAGAAAGAGAAAGAUGCAAGGAAAACAUUAGAUAAGAUGUUGAUAGAGCAAAAUGAAUCUGAAAGAAAACAAGAGACAACUGAGGAGAUCAAAAAGAUUUUAAUUGUACAUGAAGAAGAGGUCGCAAAACAUCGAGAACAUGUUCUUAAGGAACUUAGAGCCGUUGAACCAGCUGUUUUAGAAGCGCAACGUGGUGUUCAAAAUAUUAAGAAACAACAUUUAACUGAAAUCAGAUCAAUGGUACGUCCUCCCACAGGUGUCCAAAUGAUACUGGAAGUUGUUUGUAUUAUUCUUGGGUAUAACAUUUCAUCGUGGAAAGAUAUCCAAUAUUACAUACGUAAAGAUGGGUUUAUUACUGAUAUUAUAAAUUAUGAUACGGUCUCAAUGAUGACGACAGAGAUGAGAAACUAUAUCGAAGAAGAAUUUCUUUCUAGAUCCGAUUUUACUUACGAAACAGUUAACAGAGCCAGUAAAGCUUGCGGUCCAUUAUAUCAAUGGGUUUUUGCCCAGGUUAAAUACAGUGAAAUUCUUCGUGAUGUUAUUCCAUUAAAGGAAGAAGUGCAAAAAAUGGAAGACGAACAAUUACGAGGGAAGGCUAGACUGUUAGCUGCGGAAGAAAUGAUUGAAGAACUAGGAGAAAGUAUUGAGAAGUCAAAAAAUGAAUACAGUUCCUUAAUUCGAGAUGUUGAAGUAAUUAAGACGGAAAUGGAACAGGUUCAUAGAAAACUUGAAAGAGCUAUUUCAUUGAUUAACAAACUAACUUCAGAAAGAGAGAGGUGGUCAAAAAAUGUGGUUGAAUUUGCACAGCUCACAGAUGAAUUAAUUGGUAAUUGUUUACUUUCGUCAAUCUACGAAAACUAUUUUGGUGUUUUGGGUGAAAGAGAACGAACCGUAGCACUUCGCUAUUUAAUGUCAGUGCUGAGGGAUUCGCAAAUCGGCUUUGAUAAUAACUACGUCUACCAAAACUACAAUGUAGAUAUUAAGGAUAAAAAUAAUUGGAUCGAGUUUGGAUUGCCAAAUGAAGAGGUUUGGAUAGAAAACUUUGGUUUAAUAUUGAAUAAACAAACUACAGUUCCAUAUAUUAUUGAUCCGUCGUUUCAAGUUGUUAGAAUUCUAGAACAAUCUUUGGGCAAUAAGUUGAGAUUGAUGAGUUUCUUGGAGGGUGACUUUGUGAAAAAAUUGGAAUAUUCCAUAAAGUUUGGUACAGUUGUUAUCAUUCAGGAUGGUGAGUUUUAUGAUCCAAUUAUCAACAACUUAGUUACCUGUGAAUAUACAAGAGCAGGGGGGAGAGUGACAGUACAACUAGGUAAACAUGAACUUGAUGUUUCCCCAGAUUUUCGACUAUUUAUUCAUUCUAAGGAUCAGAAUGCUAAUAUUUCAAACUUUUUAAGAGCUCGAGCAAGAGUUGUAAACUUUUCCAUCGAUAAGGGUAGCAUUGAAAUGCAAGCUAUGCGUAUAACUUUAGAAAAGGAAGAACCUGAAAUUCAAAAACAGAGGGAUGACUUAAUAAAACUAAACGGAGAAUACAGAGCAUUAUUGAAGGAUCUUGAAACAAAAUUACUAGAAGAAUUAAAUGAAGCUAAGGGGAAUAUCCUUGAAAAUGCUGAAGUGAUUUUGACUUUAGAAACCUUGAAAACAAAGACAACUGAAGUUGAAAUGAAACUUGGUGAAACAGAAAAUACAAUCGGAAAAGUCACAGAAUUGACGAAGAAAUAUUAUGUGCUCGUGGAGCAUUGUGUGUUAAUAUUUACAAUUUUAGAGAGAAUUUCAAAAUUAGGUUGGUUCCAUCAAUUUCCCGUUUGGCAAUAUCUGGAAAGUUUUCAGAGACUUUUCCAACUAUCUUUAAAUAGUCAUGCGGACGACAGAUUAGAAACUUUAGUUUGGGGAUUGUACCAAACUUCCUUUGAAGACUUUAGCAUUUAUUUGGAUAAUGAGAAGAAAAACAUAUUUUGCAUUCUUCUUUAUAUUAGCUAUCACUUCCAUACGGAUCAUGAGACCUUAUCCAGAAUAUCAGAAGUGUUACUCACUAUCGAUUUACCAGAAUCCAAUAUAGAAGUUGAAUCUUUAUUAUCCAACGAGGAGGAUAGGUAUUAUACUGAUCCUUGCCGUGAACUAAUAGAACUUAUUGAGACAAAUGCGUAUCAUACUCUCCUUCAAGUAGCAAAAUCUUAUUUUGAAAAGAAGCGACAAUUACAAGAAGUUGUGGAUCUUCAUGCUACUAUCUCCCUGAUGGUAGGUUCAGAGACAAAUGUAGAUGGUAGUUAUCAAAUCAUUGAUCUGGCUAAAGUUGAAAAUAAACAGUUAACUAUCAUUCCGUUGGGGUCAAUAGAAAGCACGACCUAUGCAGAAGAACAAAUGUCAAUUUGCCAGGCAAAUGGUGGCUGGUUGCUCUUACAAAAUCUACAAAUGUCGAUGGGAUGGGUAAAAUCUGUUCUUUCGAGGGAAUUAGGGCACAUUUCCGGUGUGCAAAAUGUAGAUUCGGAGACCCAAUUCAAGAUAUUUAUGACCUGUUCUCUAUCGGGGGCUGCGCUACCAUUACCCCUGCUGGAUCAAAGUUACAAAUACGUGUACGAAAAUGAUUCUGGCUUGUUACCAUCAUUCAAGGAUUUGUGGAACACUCCAACAUUCAAAGACAAGGAUUCCGAGCUGGGACCAAUGUUUACGUAUUACAGAUUUUUGCUAACGUGGUUCCAUGUUGUCGUUGUAGGCAGAACAGAAUUAGCUCCCCUUGGAUUUAGCAAAAAGUACGAAUUUAACGAUUCCGAUUACAAGGCCUGUUUGCAAUAUUUCAAAACGAUACUAGCAAUGAAUAUAGAAAAAUCUAUGCACUUCCCAUUAAUUGAAUACUGUACUGGCAAGAUUAUAUAUGGUGGUAAGAUGGACGAGUCGCAAGAUCAGACAACCCUACAAAAACUUUGUCGCGCUAUCUUCUCCCUAAUUGACGACACUUCGCCAGUGGUCUCACUGACGCCAGGGUUUGACAUUGCCAGAGGUGUAUCCAGAGAGGACACGGACUAUUUCAGUAAUAUCCUCGAGAAACUGAAAGAACCCGCGGAAUCGCAUUCCUCUUGGCUCGAUUUGCCACGGGAUGCUGUGCGCGAUUUCUCUGAGACCCGUGCGCGUCAUGUGCUGGCCAGGGCUGCGGAAAUACUUAGGGACCUCUGA